AAUGAUUGUUAACAUUGUAGAAUGCAUGUUUUUAGUUGCAUUUUAAUUGAAUUAUUAUUUGAUAUUUGAAUAGAAGAGAACUUAAUAUAAUUGCUUACAGUAAUACUUAGAACUAAUCUUCUAUUUACUUGUAUUGUGUGUAAUCUAACUUAUCUUACAAGAUGAUAAGAGCCACUAAUACAUAAGCUAAUUAAUAUACUAAUUAUGGCCGCAAGUGAUAUACAUUAACUUUUCUUUUCUUUCAAAGAAUUCAUGGUAAUAUCCAACAAAUAAUUAUAGACGGAUUUUCAUUCAUGCUUGACUUUCAACAAAUGGAUAAAUUUAAAAUAAAAAUUAAAAAAAUCCAUAUUUAAACAAUCUAGCUCUACCAUGUUGGUUGCCAGAUAGUUUUACUAAUUAUGUAGUGAUAUUACAAUUAAAAUUGCUUAUAAAUAGGAAGGAUUUAGCUUACAUAUAUAAGACAUAACAUACAGUAUAGUCUCCAUAAUAUCAUUAAAAGUGGAGGGAAAAAUGGCUUUCUACAAAUCCAAGAAAAAUGUAGUAGCCAUUCUUUUCAUCCUAGUUUUAGUGCAAAUCAUGGUUGAUGGAACUAAAGUUGAUUGUGCUGAUAACGGCGAACCAUGUGCACAUUUUUUAGGAAUUACUGAUUGUUGUGUGGGAUAUAAGUGUAGCAAAGGUGCUGGUUACAAAUGUGUCCGAGACCCGAAGCAACACUGCUUGGACGAGGGGAGAAAGUGUAAUCUAUUUUCCAGUUGCUGUGGAAGAAACAAGUGUACACCAGAUAAACCAUAUCAAGCAUUUACUGGUCGUUGUGUACCACCAAAAUAUUGAUUUAAAAUAUCACAAGGCUAUGAAUUGAAGGUUCUUAUUUCAUUUGAGUUUGAUAGAUUGGCUAUUAAUUAAGAUGCUUCUUCCUAAUUAAUCAUUAUAAACUUGGUGAUAGCCAAGGUGUAAUUCUUUUCCAAAUGGGAUGUAAGCUAAUAAAAUUUAUAUUUUUGGUAAAAUUUUGUAUUUACUUAAUUCAAUUUU